CAGAAUGGCGGCUCUUUUGGAAUCGCUGCUUCAGAGAAAAGUGGAGCCAAGCAAGGCCAUUUCAUGGCUUAGAGGCGAGACGCAGGAGGAACAUCAAUACAUGUGUGAGGUGCUGGCAAAAGCACAGAAGCAGGAGUUUGUGCCUUUCCUUCUGAACUUCCUUAGGGAUCAGAGCAGUCACACACUAACCCAUGGCCCAGCCACCCCUGCAAAGACUCCAGGCAACUCCAGGUCUGCCCGAGCUAAAGCCUCUUCAAGUGAUUGCAGGGACAACAGCAGGUUCACAGGAGCGGGAACGGGCCCCCGCAGUGCCAGCCGGGUGCAGCUCUUCUCCCCGACUACCUCUGUGUCCCCCGUGGGAAGGGGCUGUGAACAGGAUGCCCCUGUUGUUGGAUCUCAGUGUCUGAGUGGUGUCAGUGUUCUUAGUAGUCCCUCUUUCAGCUCAGCGACCAGCCCCGCCUCCAGAUAUGCACCCUCGGAGAAGCGUUCCGCCCAGCGGCACAGCCUUGGUGACUUUAUGGCGUCACCACCUGAAACGCAGCCUAGCCCCACCCUGCAGGGCCACCGCGGCCGCAGACGAAGCGGGGGAAUGGGAGUGGGUGGACAGGGCCGACAGGCAGGGAGUCGUGGGUUCCAGCUGGAGGAGGGAGGGCGGGGGGAAGGUGGUGGGAGGAGGGGCAGAGGAGCUGGCUGUGUGAGAAUGAAUGAAGCAGUGUCUCCACCUGCACAAGUGGAGCUCGACAUAAACAACCUGGAAGACUUUCCACCUGUGGGGGCGUCGCAUGGCACACCUGUGAUGACCAAACCAUCCCGCCGUAUUAACCCAACGCCAAUCAGCGCAGACAGACUUCACUCAAAACCCAAGAGCUGCUUUACUUCCACUCCCCUUAGCAACCCCUGCAGUCCUCCCACUGUCCCAGAGACCACUGGGAUGGCCAUGCCUAUAGGAAGCCCUGUUAGUCUGCAAGAGGAGAGAGAGCUUUUGAGGAAGGAGAGGUCUAAACUUGCAUUACAGGCCAGCUCCCCUAUGAAGACCACCUCAGAUCCCAUCACCCCUACGAAACCAGGGGUCAGGCAGGGGUCCUUGGUGUCUCCUGAUGCACAGGCUCCCUGUCCUGACCCUACCAAAGUCACAAUGGCUCAAGAACUGGACUUGUUAGCAGAACUCUACUGCACAUGCAUUACAGAGAACUUGGUGCCCUGUGUUUUUCUGGAGCUCUUUUUUGUGCUGCAACUGCUGACCUCUCGCAGUCUGUCUAAUGCUGAGGAGGAGCAGGGGGAGGGACAGAGUGUGUGUGGGAGCCAGGCGGAUGCUCUGGAACAACCAUACCUCAGAAGUGUGCACAACUGUGUGUAUUUUGCUGUAAGGGUGUUGGAGAACCAGUUUGAGCUGGUAUCACACCUGGACAGGUGUACCCUUCGGCUCCUGGCUGAGAACGAGAGAGUGGGCUCUUUCUCUUCAGCACUGAGAGAUCGUCUGUCACAAGCUCAAGACAUGGGCACAGCCAAGGUGUUUCCCACUCUGCCCACCUUCAUCCACUCUGUUCCCUUCCAACCUGCCACAGACAACCGUUCCAACUUCAGUAAUGACAAAGCUUUCCACAUCUUUAAGAAGCAGAGGGACAUUUUCUAUGAGUUGCUGAGAGAGUGGGAAGAUUACCAUAUGGAACCAGGCUGGGUGUUUGAGGCUGCUCUGGGCAGUAGAGUCAGGGGGAUGGUCAGCCAGCUGACUGCAACUGGAAACCACUCCCACUUUGCCAGGCUUUUCCAGAAGCAACUGAUCCAGACCUGUAAGGGCCCCUGUGUGAUGGGUUCUCCUGGAGAUGCCCCUGAUGCUGAUUUACUGGGAAUGCUGGGAGCAGACAGCCUCAGUCGUCUGAAGCGCCUGCAGGAGCGUUUGAUCCAGCCUCAGGGCCUCAUGGGACCAUGUCCUCCUCCCUCUUUCCCAGGAUACCAGGAGUUCUUCAGAGACUUCUUGCAAACAUCUAGCUGCUGUCAGUUGAACCAGCAUCUGAAGGACAGUCUGUGUAACCAGCUGUUGCAGUUAGAUGACGUGUCCAUCCUGGGCCCAGAGGCCCGUACAGAUGGAGGAGACGGUGAUGAAGAGGGUGAUAUGGAACAACAGGAUGAAAAGCAGAAGUUCUCCUCUGUGCUCCUUAUGGCUCGGCUGUUAGCGAAGUUUCUGGGCUUCAUCUCCUUCCUGCCCUACCAGACCUCUGAACCUCCAUCCAGAGAGAGACAGGAGACAGCCGUCGCUCUCCGCAGUAAAAGCUCUCCGGUGCUGGAUGUGUGUGCUGUUUUGCGAAGCUGCAUGCGGAGACGGCGUACCGUGUUAACUGUGCCUUGGAUGGUGGAGUUUCUCUCCAUGAUGGACUUCACUGGUCCUUUUCUGCCCUGCUACAGGACUGCCCUGAACCUCCUGCUGCUAAUUUACAGGCGGAUGGUGUUGGGUAGAGGUGGAGAGGUGUGUUACCUAAACCAGCUCCUCAUGGUGGCUGUACUGGGUUGGCUUUUUCAGAUCCCAGUGUUUCCUGAGGACCUCUUCUUUAGCUCCGGUCUCAAUGAAGAAACUGAGUUGUUGGAGAAAAACACUAAUUCUCAGGGACUGGAUAGUCUCCCACUUGUGGACCAACAGCUUCUCUUCACCUGUUGUCCAUAUCUAGGAGAGUUUCGUAAGCUUCUUGCAGCAUUUGUGGCAGGCAGCACAGCCAAAAGUGGAGGCCUGGUUCGUAAGAUCACCCCCACGUCUGCGGAGCUGAAGGGACCCCCCACCACCAGGUCUCAGCAGAAGCUGCAGGUGGACCUGGAGCAGGCUUUCUUUCAUAACCAACCCCCCUCGCUCAGACGCACUGUGGAGUUUGUGGCUGAGAGGGUGGGCUCUAACUGUGUCAAACACAUCAAGGCCACACUAGUGACAGAGCUGGUAAAGGGCGGGGAGAAAACCCUAAGGGAAGGACUGAGUUUAGAGGGUGCUAGUGCACACAAACUUAAUGACUCUAUCUGUGCCCAGCUCUGUGAUGCAGGCAUGCAGGCUCUGGAGAGAGCCACCAGGUUCUGCAGUGAGAAAGGCCCUGGUGCUCUCAGGGUCCUCCUGCCUGCAGAGACCUCUGCUGCAGUCCUGACCACAGCUGAGAACAUCACCACACGGCUGGCCACGGAGAAAGCCUGCAGCUGGCUGUCCUCCAACAUCACAGCACUGAUUAAGCGAGAGUGGAAGAGCACAUUUGAUCAUGUGAUGAAGAGUCAGCCGUACCCUGACCGCACGGAUUGUCUAAAUGCUGAAGACUCAGAGAAGGGCAGACAGACACAGAGUCAAACCCACAGGACUGGAGUACAGCAGGGUUCUCCAGACUGCCCUCCAGACUGCAUUCACAAAGCCCCUCUGGCCUCAUGUGUCAUUAAUGAAAUAAAGGAAGUGCUGAGUGUAGCUGUGGGGCCCAGGUCUGAUGAGGAGGCCUUCACUCUUCAACAGAUUCAGGCUUUGCUAGAGAGAGUGGGACAGACCCUUAAAUGCAGAAAGUUUUUGUCUCCAGUAGCAGAACAGAUGCUGUUGCGAUGCACUGUCCUUCUGGCUGGUAAACUGGUAUCAGGUGAGCUGCCUCUGAGAUCCCCACCUGAGGCUGAUAAGACGUCAGGUCCUGAUGUUAACGUUGUGUUGGAUGCAUUUGUGCUCCUGUGGAGCAGAGGUUCUCAUGCCCCUUCACCCCUACACCUUCUCUUCACUGAGACCACAUUAGCCUCUAUACUCAACGCCACUGACAGAGAGUGGAACAACUUCCUGCUCUUGGUAGGACUGCUCCGAGGAAAAGGGCUCCUUAGAGAGGAAGAGGUGGGGUCUCACUGCACCAAGCUGUUGGAGUUAUCAUGGCCAGCGGAGUCCAUUGAGAAGUUUCAGCAGUUGUCCAUUGCCUGCCCCUCACCUUUGCCUACGGUGAUCAAUCACAGAGACAUGCUGCAAGUAUCAGAGUGA